AUGCACACAUCUCCAGUGCUAAUCUCUGCAGCCACCAUGAGCAACAUGACGGUGCUCGACACUGCUAACCCCUAUGACCUGGACAUGACCUCAGACGGGACUAUCUACCCCAUCAGCUUCCAGGUUUCUCUGACAGGCUUCCUGCUGUUGGAGAUAGUUUUGGGCUUGAGCUCCAACCUCACUGUGCUCGUCCUCUACUGUAUGAAACAGAACCUCAUCAGCUCCGUCUCCAACAUCAUCACCAUGAACCUGCAUGUGGUGGAUGUGUUGGUGUGUGUAUGCUGCAUCCCGCUGACAGCAGUGGUGGUGUUACUUCCUUUGGAAGCUGACACUGCUAUGAUGUGCUGUUUCCAUGAGGCCUGCGUCUCCUUUGCAAGCGUAGCUACUGCUGCUAACGUCCUGGCCAUCACUGUAGACCGGUAUGACAUCUCAGUGCGGCCGGCGAACCGUGUGCUCACGAUGGGCCGAGCUGUAGCUCUACUGGGAUCCAUCUGGGCUCUAUCCUUCUUCAGUUUCCUGGUUCCCUUCAUGGAAGUAGGCUUCUUCAUCAACUCUGGUUCAGACCAUGUGAACCAGACUGCAGUGCUCACAGUGGUUCAUAAAAAUGAGUAUUACACAGAGCUGGGGUUGUACUAUCACCUGCUAGCACAGAUCCCUAUAUUCUUUUUUACAGCUGUGGUAAUGCUAGUGACGUACUACAAGAUCCUUCAGGCACUUAAUAUUCGCAUUGGCACACGCUUUCAGCACAACCUACCUAAAAAGAAGCAAAAGCGCAAAAACACUAUCUCUAUGAGCAUUGCGACGCAAGCAGAGCCGACUGACGCUUCACAGAGCAGCACAGGAGUCAAGGCAGGUGGGAAUGCAACCUUGGGCAUGCGGGCAUCAGUGUCAGUCAUUAUUGCGCUAAGACGAGCAGUAAAGCGUCACCGGGAGAGACGGGAGAGGCAGAAACGAGUCUUCAGGAUGUCUCUUCUCAUCAUCUCCACAUUCUUACUUUGCUGGACUCCAAUAACUGUGCUCAACACCAUCAUCCUUAGCACUGGGCCCAGUGAUUUAACGGUUCGCCUCCGCUUGGGCUUCCUGGUGAUGGCCUAUGGAACCACUAUCUUUCACCCGCUCCUCUACGCCUUCACUCGGCAGAAGUUCCAAAAGGUUUUAAAAAGCAAGAUGAAGAAGAGGGUAGUGUCUGUAGUAGAAGCUGACCCUACGCCAAACAAUGUCAUCAUCCAUAACUCGUGGAUAGACCCCAGGAGAAACAAGAAGGUCACUUUCGAGGACACGGAAGCCAGACAGAAAUGUCUAUGCUCGCAGGACGCCGACUAG